CUGCACUUCUUUCCAACACAACACAUAUUUCUUCCAUUUUCUCUCUUUUACUUCCUUACUUUUCUCCAAUUGCAACCAUGGGUUUGAAAGGUUUCGUUGAGGGAGGCAUUGCAUCUAUCGUCGCCGGCGCUUCAACUCAUCCUCUCGACCUUAUCAAGGUCCGUAUGCAACUUCAAGGUGAAUCUCAUCUCCCUAAUCCUUCCCUUCAACUUUAUCGUCCGGCACUUGCCGUCAACUCUGCUGCCGUUGGGAAUGUUUCGAUCUCGCAACCUCGUGUUGGUCCCAUUUCCAUCGGUGUCCGUAUCAUCCAAUUGGAAGGUGUAGCGGCUCUUUUCUCCGGUGUCUCCGCCACGAUGCUUCGACAAACGUUGUAUUCUACCACCCGUAUGGGACUUUAUGAAAUUAUAAAGAACAAAUGGACUGACAAGGAAACUGGGAAUUUGCCACUUACGAGCAAGAUAUUGGCUGGACUUAUUGCCGGGGGUGUCGGCGCCGCCGUUGGCAACCCCGCUGACGUAGCAAUGGUUCGAAUGCAAGCUGAUGGGCGACUCCCUAUUGAUCAGCGACGCAAUUACAAGAGUGUGAUCGAUGCAUUGAGUCGAAUGACAAAACAAGAAGGUGUGAGCAGCUUGUGGCGCGGCUCAGCUCUCACGGUGAAUCGCGCAAUGAUCGUCACCGCAUCGCAGCUCGCGACGUACGAUCAAGUCAAGGAGACGAUACUGGAAAAAGGAGUGAUGGGUGAUGGGAUUGGAACCCACGUAACGGCCAGCUUCGCGGCGGGGUUCGUGGCGGCAGUGGCGUCCAACCCCAUUGACGUGAUCAAGACGAGGGUGAUGAACAUGAAGGUGGCGCCUGGGGCGGAACCGCCGUACUCGGGUGCUUUGGAUUGUGCAUUGAAGACGGUAAGAGCGGAGGGGCCUAUGGCAUUGUACAAAGGCUUCAUCCCCACAAUUUCAAGGCAGGGACCGUUCACGGUGGUGCUGUUUGUGACAUUGGAGCAAGUGAGGAAGCUGCUCAAAGAUUUUUGAUCGUUGAAUUAACGAUGAACAACGAAAUUGGUUUAACCAAUUUGAAAUUUAACCAAAUUUAAAUUUAAAUUAUUAAAAAUUGAGGAGAUGUAUCAUUUAACCAAAAGCUGUAAGUGAAAGAUUCUUUACAUGCAUUAAAUAAAAAUUCCAAAAUUCAACCCAAA